CAGUAUUAAUAUGAGUAACAUUGCUUCGUCAGAUAUAUCAGUGAAAUCAUUAUUCACACUUAAUAAUAAUGAUUUUAAAGAGUUUGCCUGUGGCUGGGGAGCUGCAGUUAUCAAUGUAUCCAUCACUUUCCCUAUUCAUAAGAUUAUAUUUAGACAGAUCUUAGAAGAUGUUCCAGCUAAUACAGCCUUUCGGCAAAUAUCCAGGGAGGGAAUACACCUGUUAUAUCGUGGAAUUUUACCACCUUUUUGCCAAAAAACUUUUUCGGUUAGUGUAAUGUUCAGUACAUAUGAAGGUUGUAAGGAUCGUUUGUGCACAUUAACAAAUAACGGUAUAUUAAUUAGAAUAUUAGCAGCCCAUUUUGCUGGCACUGCUGAGGCUAUACUUAUGCCCCUCGAAAGAGUACAAACAUUGCUGCAAGAUUGGCGGUAUCAUGAUAAAUUUAAAAAUACUUCUCACGCAUUUAAAUAUUUAUUGAAAAACUAUGGUAUAUCGGAGUGUUAUCGCGGAUUAGUCCCAAUCAUAUAUAGAAAUAGCUAUUCCAAUUUAAUGUUUUUCAUUUUGAAAGAACAAUCACAAAAGCUGAUGGGUGAGCAGGAGUCAUUUUUAACAAGUUUCAUCAAUGGUGCAUUAAUUGGUGGUUUCACGAGUACUGUAUUUUAUCCAAUAAAUGUGAUAAAGGUACACAUUCAAUCGAAGAUAGGUGGCAAUUUUGAAAAGUUUAUGAGCGUCGCUCGCGAAAUAUAUGUCGCAAGAAACAGAAGUGUAGUUUCAUUUUAUAAUGGUGUGCAUUUAAAUUGUAUGAGAUCCUUUCUUAGUUGGGGUAUUAUAAAUGUAUCUUACGAUUUUCUAAAAAGAAUUAUGUUCUGAUAAUAACUUACAAUAUAAACGAUGAUUUUCAUCUAUUUGAAUAAAAAUUUUACUCGUAUAAUUUUA